GUCUGUAGACAGGACAAAUAAAACCAAUUAAUUGGAUGUUUUGAAGAACGCAGUAUCGAAUCAGCAGCCAAGUUUGGACUAAUAUACGUCUUCUCAUUUUGCUGAAUAAUAUUAUUUUUUCGAAUAAUUUUUAAUACAAAGUCUAGUUGUUAAACCUGCAUAGGCAAAUUAACGAUAUCAACUUCGAUAGCCAUAUAAUAUGGAUCCGAUACGAAGGCAGGAACAUAUUCAAGAUAUGCCAUCAUCUAGUAUUGCAUCUAAGCUGCCUCAACAACGUUUCGAGCAUCGACGGAAGAGAAAAUUAUCGGACGAACCGGAUUAUAGCACAAUGAAACCAGAAGCGAAGCAUCAAAUCAUUGAACGAAUUGGCCUUCUUAACAAAAUUAUCGAACCAUGUACCCAUAAGUCUACCUACAUUAAUUUGCUAGACCUUAGCGAUGAAAUACUUCUUCUUGUAUUCAAGCAAUUGGACAGUAUUAGUUUGAUUCCAUUAUCUAAAGUGUGUAUCCGACUACAAAGGUUAGUUGCUGACAAAACUCUAUGGAUGGAUGCUGAUUUCACUUCAGUCAAGCUACUUACCAUGGAAGUACAUCGAUGCGUGAAAUAUCUACAACCUGGCACAACUAAAAGUUUAAAACUGCGUGGUAUGACUAGUGUUUAUCCUGCUGAACAAUGGAACGUUCCGACAUUGACACCAGGUAUUCUAAAAUCUAUAGAAACUCGAUGCUGUCUAUUAGAACGGUUGGAGCUUACCGAAGCAUAUAUCGAUAUGAACGAUGUCAGCAUUAUCUUUUUUCCCCACUGUUUACGCUCGCUAGCGUUUCGCAAGUGCGCAUUGUCAGUGCAAAAUAUUAACAGCCAUCUCAUAGUACCCCCGCAACAAAUGCGUUCAUUUUUAUCCAAUAUGUAUAAAUAUUUCGAUCGCUUGGAGGAACUUACAAUUGAAUAUUGUGCUUGGUUCGACACGCAUGAUUUUAUGAUUCUAUCAAAGCUACCAAAUUUAAGAUAUUUAAGCUUGAAGGGAUGUGCAAAUAUUAAAGACAGUGUUCCAUAUGCCAGUUUGGCGACUCGUUUCGGUUUUAAAAACCUGGAAAUUCUUGAUUUACGUGAUACCCCAAUAUCCGAUUCCGAUGUGAGUUGUUUCAACAUCGUGCGUUCUUUAAAGGAAUUAAAGCUCGAAUGUCCUGAUCAUUUACGAACUGAAAAUGGACUUCAUGAGUACAAUGAAGCAGAACGCUUACGUGUCGAACAAUUGCAUCGUUUGGCCGUUCCUGAUCUACGCCAAAAUGAAAAUGUUGUUAACGAUCAUGCACCUGCACAUCAGAUUGAAGGACAAAUAGAAGCUGCACGUGUUCCUCCCAAUAAUCCGCAACCAGCACAUGGAGUGUUUGAGAUACGCGUAGUACACGGAGAUUAUCCAAGACAGGUACAAGGAAAUCAAGAUAAUUUAAUUCGAAUUGUACGGGGACAAGCAGGUGUUUUGAUCAAUAAUCAACGAGUUCAACCACCGGCCCCGGCAGCAGACAGACCCGAAGUGCAAGGUUCUCCGCCCCCACACUUAGAAGCGAGAAGAGUACGUGCUGUAAGUCCCGCAGACGAACAAAAUCAACAGGUAGAACCCAUAAGAAAUGACGAAAAUAAUCAUAACAAUGUGGAUCGACAACACAUUGUGCGUAUUAUUAAUAGAGAUUUGCUACUGCAACGUAGAGAGCAUGUCGAAUUAGAAAAUCCUCCACUUUUACGUCGAGCUGGUGAUCAAAUCAAUGCUGCAUAUCAACAUAUUUUUGAUGCUCGUGGAAAUAAUGCUCAUCGGCCCCCUGUGCUUGAACUCCAACCUGAAAUUGCAGCUCAAGCUCAUGAUGAAAACGGCCCAGUAGAACGCGAGCAACCUUUUUUGAAUGUUCACUUGCGAUUCCAUGAUGCAGCCAAUAAUGCUCCAGUGCAGAAUAAUCAUCACGAUGGUCAGGAAAAUAAUCCACAACCGCAACGCGUCUUGCCACACGUAAUUAUUAUGCCCGGAAAUUUCCCAGAAAACUUCCCUGCAAUUGCUAACGGGCCGGGCCGAGGCUACCAGCAUCAAGUAUUUGUAAAUUUAGGUGCAGGGCAACCUGCUCCAAAUUACGUAUCGUUAAUCAGUGAUCGUGGAAUAUGUGCGUACGGAAUAUCACGCAAUGAACUUGCGGGAGGUUUUUUAGGAGGAAUAUUACAUCACAAUUUUACCGGACUGGAAAGAUUGUCUGUGCGAAAUUAUAAGCUUGUGACGGACAUAUCGUUGGACCAUCUCGAAUCAGCUGCACCACAUUUGAAACUUUUAGAUGUAACUGGUACUUCUGUUACUGCUCAGGGCGUACGCAGCUUCAAGCUUUCUCGUCCCAGCUGUAGAAUUAUUUCCGAUUUUGACCUAAUGUAAAUUUUAAAACUCCAUGUAAUACAUUUUUAUUAAAUUACUAGCUGGCCCAGUAAACCUAGUUUUUCCCAACAUAGUAUUAGUUGACGAUAAAGUAUUAUGUGCUGUAAAUAUUCUUUCUUUUUAUAUGUUCAUAUCAUUGACGUUUAUUGAAAAAAAUAAUAGGGUACAGAACAUAUUUUCAACUGUAAAUUAGAAUUGAUGCAUUGAUAUAUUUACAUUUAAAUAAUUACGAUAUUGUAAUAAACAAAUAACUUCUAUUAAUCUCUUACCGUAUCAAUAAACGAUGCGCAAUAUCAGAUUGCGUAUACAGGCGGUCCCCGAGAUACAUGGUUGAUGGGGACCUUAAACGGCCGCAAAAAA